UUACAAGAUAUUAGGCCAGAGGAAGGUGAGAAAAACAACAAUCAUGUCUAUGCUUCCAGUAUUCUACGACUACAGUCCAGUGUCUGCAUUUUAUCCUGCAAUGCCGAUCAGGAAUAUGCUGACCAGUAUGCUCAACGAUGAGCUGGCGCUUCUACCCCAGGUGACUGUUGCACCCCGUAGAAAUCUACCAGCAAGAUGGAGCCAGUCGUUUCACUUGGAUAAUUACAACCCCGACGAAGUGAAAGUAAACGUUGAAGACGGAUGUGUCAGAAUUCACGCUCGUCAUGUGCGAGGGGAUGAAGAGAACGGCGAAGUCCGCGAGACCAAACGAUGCAUCAAAAUUCCCGAGGGGGUCGAUGCAAGCAAAGUUCACUGUAAGAUGCUGAAUGACCACACCUACCUUGUUGAGGCACCGCUCCUACGCAAUGAAGACGAGGAGGAAAUGGAGGUCCAAGUUGAAAGCGUCCCCGCCAUUACGGACGGCAAGAAAGAAGACAUGCAGCUGGUUGAGAGUUCGAAACCCUACGAGACCAAACUGGACCUGUCGGUGUUCGAGCCUGACCACAUUACCGUCAAACGGCGCGGGAACUUGGUGUCCGUGUCUGCUGACCACUCGCGUGAGGAGGAUGGGGUCAAAGUGUCUCGUUCAUUCAGGAGGGAGUUUACCGUACCUGAGGGUGUGGAUUACAAGCACAUCAAGUGUGUCCGCGAUCCAAAGGGCCAUGUUGCAAUUAUGGCCCCUACGGCUGAUAAGAAGUAAAAGUGGAAUUGGAUGGACACUGCAUAUUUGCCUAUGAAAGUAUUGAUUCCUGAGGAGUGUCAUUUAUUGAUGCUGUAAUCAGUGACGAACUUCACUACCUACAAAUUUGUUACGUCCAUGUUUCUCUUCAUUCAUAAACUUUUGCGUUCUGUACGUUUCAGUUAAAACGUCUACCCAUUUUGUACUCAUUUUCAUAAGAUUGAUCAGUCUCGUCCAUUUGUAUCUAUUUGUACAUGUUUAAUGUUUAGUUAUUAAAUACUGGGACAAUUCAUCAUACUUUUCAAUUACAUGUAUAAUAUUGGUUCAUGUAAAUUGUUAAUAUUUGUAAUUGUCAGAAGUUAAUUUUGUUUCAAAUAAAUCUUGUUACUAAAUUUGA